AUGAGUAAGCGUUCGUUUCUACGCAUAGUCGACGACUUGGAAACCAACUACGAUUAUUUUAAACAAAAAGCGGAUGCAAAAGGGACACUUGGAUUUACCGGUAUUAUUGAUUUGUAUGGUGCGCGUUAUCUUAGAACGCCCACAUGGGACGACCUUCAAAAGAUCUACGAGGUACAUUCGGUUGAGCAUGGUUUGCCUGGUAUGAUCGGGAGCUUUGAUUGCAUGCAUUGGGGUUGGGAUAACUGUCUGACUGCAUGGCGAGGUCAACACACACGGGGUGACCAAAAAGGACCUACUGUUAUUCUUCACGCGGUUGCCUCACAGGACCUUUGGGUUUGGUCGGCUUACUUUGGCGUGGUCAGGUCAUGCAAUGAUAUAAAUGUUUUUGAACAAUCUCCGUUGUUAGAUGACUGGAUUUCUGACAGAGCUCCAAAAGCGUCUUUUUACGCAAACGGAAACUACUACCCUCAUGGAUUAUUUGUGCGACGGAAUUUAUCCUAG